CAUCACGCAUCCUCUCCCCCUCCUGCCAUUUUUUUGUGCUGCUGCUAACUUGCUAAGCGGAAGGUCUGUGUGUGUCGGCAGGAGGCGGAAAGACCGCAGGACAGUGAGGCAGAUAAAGGGACUGAACCUUCCCUGGAGCAUCGGGGAGCUCUUCCACCCGGGAAACCUCUACUUGAAGGCGGCACAAUGUCCGAUUUUGACAGCAACCCGUUCGCAGACCCAGACUUCAGCAAUCCUUUUCAGGAUCCCUCAGUGACGCAGGUUACUCAGUCUGCCCCUCCUGGUGGUCUGGAGGAGUAUAACCCCUUCACAGAUGCCAGAACGGCACCUCCUGGAAAUGCCCCCAAACCCACUCCUGCCCCCUCCCAGAACACACAGCCUGCCAUCAUGAAGCCCACAGAAGAACCGCCGGCCUACUCACAGCAACAGACUCAGCGGCGUAAUCAGGACCAGGCGCGCGCACAGGCUGAAUUGUUGAGAAGGCAGGAGGAGCUGGAGAAGAAAGCAGCAGAGCUUGAUCGCCGGGAGAGAGAGUUGCAGUCCCAUGGAGCUGCAGGAGGGCGCAAAAACAACUGGCCUCCACUGCCAGAGAAGUUCCCCGUCGGGCCAUGUUUCUACCAUGAUAUUGCAGUGGACAUUCCUGUAGAGUUUCAGAAGACGGUCAAGAUUAUGUACAACCUCUGGAUGUUUCAUACGGGGACGCUAUUUGUGAACAUGUUUGGCUGCCUGGCCUGGUUCUGUGUGGAUGCCAACCGUGGUGUAGAUUUCGGCCUGGCCAUGCUAUGGUUCAUGCUGUUUACCCCCUGUUCCUUUGUCUGCUGGUACAGACCACUUUACGGGGCUUUCAGGAGUGACAGUUCAUUCCGCUUCUUUGUCUUCUUCUUCGUCUAUAUCUGUCAGUUUGGAGUUCAUGUGCUACAAUCUAUUGGCAUCAUUGGCUGGGGAACUUGUGGUUGGAUAGCAGCUCUGACUGGUUUGAACACCAGUAUCCCAGUGGGCAUCAUCAUGUUACUCAUCGCAGCUCUGUUCACUGCUCUGUCUGUGGGCUCACUCAUCAUGUUUAAAAAGGUGCAUGCACUGUAUCGCACCACAGGUGCUAGUUUUGAGAAGGCUCAGCAGGAGUUUGCCACGGGAGUCAUGUCUAACAAGACCGUCCAGACUGCAGCUGCCAACGCCGCAGCUAAUGCCGCUACCAACGCUGCCCGCGGGGCCUUUAAAGCCAAUCCCUAGAUAGAUAUAGACACACACCUACACACGUAUACACACACACAACACACACACUUAAAAGAUGGAGAUGCACAACUCCGGUCCUGUGCAUUCUCAAAUCAAACUGUUCCUGUUUGUGAAUGUCACUAUGCUAAUUGCCCCACACAUCUUACAUUAAAAGGUGUUUAAAUGGUUAUUGACAGGAAAUAAAAGAGGGCAAAUUAAGCUAACACGGUGACCGGAGUUGUCCAUCUUCACCUCAAAUCAUUUAUCAAUGAAAAGGCUCCUACAUCCACCCUGUCUGCUUUCCAGUCAGGUGACUGUGUCUGCUCAGAUCCCCCAAAUCAUCCACUAAGUGACUCAAGGUAUGCUCUGACUGUGUGGGGUUUGUGCGCAUUUGUGAGUGCUGAUUCGUCUUGCACUCUCUUAUACGUUCUUUCGCUUUUCCCCUUGUCCCUCUGUCCCAUUUGAGGUAAUCCUAGGUCAGGCGCUGGUUGAGGUACGAGCAGACCUUACGUUAUAUUUCUGUCAUGGUGAUAACCUCCAAGUUUCUUCCUGCCUGGUCAACACAGUAUAGAGUUAUGAAAAGUGAUAAUCUGAUGAUGGUGUUUUGCACAUAGUUCUGUCAUCUUGCUCACAUAUUGAACGUACAGUGUCUGUUUGAAUGGGUGGGCCUGCGUCUGAAUGUGUAUUUCAUUUUGUAAGAAAAAUGGUGGAUCUGAGUUAGUUUUGAUUAUCUAGUACUUGGUCAUUGUGAUCCGAAAGGUAAAACGUAUCUUGUCCCACAUAUGUCAGCGCUUCUAGUCUGAGACUCUUGACAAACCCUAUUCUGAUCAUGGAAGAACUGAAUUCAUAUAAAUAGGAAUAUAUCUGUAUGUAUUUGACGACCUGCCCACAACCCCAGCAGUGCUCCAGCAACACCUGGUAGUCAAAACCAUAAAUCCCACUCUGAUAUUUUGGCAAAGCGGGCUGGGUUGGCUUCUCUGUGGCUUACUAAAACUUGACAGCAUGAUAAUAACAUGCAUGUUUAGCACAUUCAAGGUAGCUGUUUCCUUGGCAAAGUUAUUCUGCCCCUGUUGGCCUUUUCUGUGGCUACAAGGGCACCUGGUUUGGGAGAAUGUCUGCCUACUUACGUUCCCUUGGUUUCUGUGUGAAGUGAGGUCCAAGGUUAUUGCAUGUCCCACCGACUGGACGAUGUCUGGAUCUGUUUAGGAUAAAGCACUGAACACCCAGGUCAGUAGGUCACCAGUUCUCACCACAAACCUUAAGAGGUUAAGUCAGCCAUUUUCACCACCUGGUGCACUAAAAAGGGGAGCAAAAAUGUAAAAUACUCAUUUUUUCUUUUAUGUAACACAUUAACUCCAAACUGCUAUGUGGCUUUCCCAUAGUUCUGUUUGUAGCGCUUCAUGUUAUUAUCAGUUAAACACUAACGCUGCUAUGAAUCUGAGAGCCGCUUGGUCGUGGCCUCCUCCUGUCACGUUUGCCAUUAAAAAGGAGGACGCACAUCUUACUCUCUAAAGGAGAGGGACACCAAAUAGGCUCACGGGGGGAGCAGGAGAACUGAGAGACGUGACUGUCUGCCUUUCCUCACAGAGUAUGAUCUGGACCAUGGUAGAGCUGGAAAUAAUAGAUGAACAUGUAUACAUAUAAAUAGAAUAAACAGUGCACUGUAUACUGUAUGUACACCAUACAUAGACUAAGACUAAUACACUGCAACUCAUGCGUUUUCACACUAACAGACAUGAGUACAUUGAACUUCCUCUGUGAGCAUUACUGACAACUGAAAUUUAAUGGCCAAUAAAAAUAAUAUGCUUUACACAGGAUUGGACUUGAUGCAGAUUCAAUGACAUCCCUACAUUAGAAAAUAUUGGUGGUAUUAUAUGGUGGUAAACUGUAUAGACUGCUACCAGACUACUGUCACUGAGGUGAAAUAUGGACGAGGAUUGCAUUUGUUUAGCGCUUUAGCUGAUGCUGGAGGCAUCUCUCAUCGACUGUUUGAAGAUGUGCAUGAAAGAUGGCUAAUGACUGGUACUGCUGUUAUUACUAAUAUAUGGACUGAAUGUUAUAGUGACGAAAUACUCCUGUGAGUUUAAUGAAGUUGAUGGUGAAUAAUCUGUCACAAAAUAAUAGGCCUACAUUUUGGCAGUAUUUUUCUUGUUUGGAAAUGUUUUAAAUUCAUUGCACAUUUCUGGUUUUAUGUUGAACAUAGUACAGAAAGCAGUUAUGUUUUUAUUUAUGGUGUAAUUUAAGUCAUUUGUAUUUCAGUUUUGUUUGGUUUGAUUUUACAUAAUGUAUUAUGUUUGUGUGGUUUUGUAAAGACAUGAUCAUAGCAUCAACUACCUACAAAAAGUGUUCCGUGACUUUGACCCUGCAGGAGGUGUGGUUGUGUGGAUGAACGUAUGUUUGGAUGAUUCGUCUCAAAGUAAAGAAAAGAUCUUUUUCUUCCCUCAAGUGUUAAUGCCAUGUCCUGAAAAGCUGUGAGAAAUCUACCAAAUGUCCAUAUAGAUUCGUUUUUAAAUCUUGGUUGGUGACGUGUUCCCUUGCCAUUUUUUUACUUUUACACAUUACGCAGUUUUUCUUUGCUAUGAGCAUCCAUAUGAUUUUCAUUUAACAAUAGGUUUGAACAGUAUUCAAUCAUUACAUAAAGCCAUGACACACUGGAUAGCUCCUUAAUGUAUUGGGCUUGUUGGCCUUCAUUAUAGGAUAACUUUGUGUUUGCUGACACAAAAUGGUGUUUUUGGCCUGUGAUCAUGUUGUUUCACUGAAUUUGAGAAGAAACUCAUUUAAAAGGGACACUUGUAUAUUUUGUAAAGUUGAAAAUUUGAUCCCCGUCAUCAAUCAUAUGUAAAAAGAAAAAAAUAAUGCACUCUUGUCUCGCCUUUGUCGCAUGUGAAAUAGUUUGAGUUUUGUAUAUUUAUGGUAUUAACAUGAAAUAAAAUUUGAAAGAAAUGA